CGACGUGGCUGCACCCGCUCACCGGAGAGGCCGUCAUCACCGGGCACCGCCGCAGCGCAGACUUACCCACAGGUUGGGAGGAAGCUUAUACUUUUGAAGGUGCAAGAUAUUAUGUAAAUCAUAAUGAACGAAAAGUAACCUGCAAGCAUCCAGUAACGGGACAGCCGUCGCAGGACAACUGUAUUUUUGUUGUGAAUGAGCAGACUGCUGCAGCUAUGACAUCUGAAGAAAAGAAAGAGCGACCAGUAAGCAUGAUAUGUGAAGCUACUAACUAUAAUUUGACAUCAGAUUAUGCUGCUCAUCCCAUGAGCCCUGUGGGCAGAACUUCACGAUCUUCAAAGAAGGUCCAUAAUUUUGGGAAGAGAUCGAACUCUAUAAAGAGGAAUCCUAAUGCACCCGUCGUCAGGCGUGGCUGGCUCUACAAGCAGGACAGUACUGGAAUGAAGCUGUGGAAGAAGCGAUGGUUUGUGCUCUCAGAUCUGUGUCUCUUCUACUACAGAGAUGAGAAAGAAGAAGGAAUAUUGGGUAGCAUACUUCUACCCAGUUUUCAGAUAUCUGUUCUUUCUCCUGAAGACCAUAUUAACCGCAAAUACGCCUUUAAGGCAGCUCAUCCAAACAUGAGGACCUAUUAUUUCUGCACAGAUACAGGGAAGGAAAUGGAGUUGUGGAUGAAAGCCAUGACAGAUGCAGCACUUGUGCAGACAGAGCCUGUGAAAAGAGUAGAGAAGCUAACCACUGAAAACACACCACCUCGAGAAACAAAUAACAUUUCCAACCACCGGGUGCUAAUUAAGCCAGAGAUGCCAAAUAACCAGAAAAACAAAGAAGUGAACAAACACGAGGAGAAGAAAGCUCUGGAAGCUGAGAAAUACGGAUUCCAGAAAGUCGGGCAAGACAAACCGCUGACGAAGAUCAACAGCGUCAAGCUGCAUCCUUUGGGGUCGGAAUACAGGACCUUGCCCGCCGGCGCCGGCCAGGCCGGGCCCUUCAGGCCCGUGCACCUGAACGGCUCUGAGGCCAGAGCUGCUGGGGGGGCCCUGGCGGAGGCCGGCGACGGAGCCCCGCACGGCGCAGCCCCCUCGUACGCCGACUCCGAGCGGGUCAUGCAGAGAACCAAUUCCAUGCUGCAGCUGGAGCAGUGGAUCAAGAUACAGAGAGGGAAAGGGCAAGAAGAGGAAACAAGAGGCAUCAUCUCGUACCAGACGCUGCCCAGGAACAUGCCGAGCCACCGCGCCCAGGUGCUGCCGCGCUACCCGGAAGGCUACCGGACGCUGCCCAGGAACAGCAAAGCGCGGCCCGACAGCGUGUGCAGCGCGGCGGGCCCCGCGGCCGUGGCCUACGAGCGCGCGGCCGCCCCGGCGCCCGGCGCCGCCGAGGACAAGCGCAGGUCCCUGCGCGACGACACGAUGUGGCAGCUCUACGAGUGGCAGCAGCGCCAGUUUUACAAUAAGCAAACGACUCUUACGAGACACAGUACGUUAAGUAGCCCCAAAACUAUGAUUAAUAUUUCUGAUCAGGCUAUGCAUUCGAUUCCCACCUCACCUUCUCAUGGUUCAAUAGCUGGUUUCCAAGGAUAUUCCCCACAGCGGACCUAUCGAUCAGAAGUGUCUUCGCCGGUGCAAAGGGGAGAUGUAACUAUUGAUCGCAGGCACAGGACGCAUCAUGCUAAGCAUGUCUUUGUGCCUGACAGAAGGUCAAUGCCAGCAGCUCUGAGUUUGCAGCCUAUUACUCCUCAGAGCCUCCAAGGCAAAACACCAGAGGAGCUCACGCUGCUGCUCAUAAAGCUGAGACGGCAGCAAGCCGAACUGAGUAGUAUCCGGGAACACACACUAGCACAGCUCAUGCAGCUAAAACUUGAGGCCAGCAGCCCAAAGAAUGAGAUUCUUUCACAUCACCUUCAAAGGAAUGCCAUAUAUUUGGAUCAUCAGAUGAAAGAGAAUGAACCUUUAAUCACCAUGGUUCACACUAUGAUUGAGAACUCGGCGCUAAGACCGCAACUGUACCAUCAAUUAACACAAGAGGAAUGUAGGGGUACACUAUACAAAUAUAGAACUGAAGAGCUGGAUAUUGAUGCUAAGCUUAGCCGUUUAUGUGAGCAAGAUAAAGUUGUACAAGCACUCGACGAGAAGCUUCAACAGCUACACAAGGAGAAAUACACGCUUGAACAAGCUUUGCUAUCAGCAAGUCAGGAGAUAGAAAUGAAUGCAGAUAACCCAGCAGCCAUACAAAAUGUAGUCUUACAGAGAGACGACUUGCAGAAUGGACUGCUUAGCACCUGUCGAGAAGUUUCUCGCGCUACUGCAGAACUCGAAAGAGCUUGGAGAGAAUAUGAUAAAUUAGAGUAUGAUGUAACAGUAACGAGGACCCACAUGCAGGAGCAACUUGAUCGACUCGGAGAAAUUCAGACUGAGUCAGCAGGGAUACAGCGUGCUCAACUUCAGAAGGAACUGUGGAGAAUUCAGGAUGUCAUGGAGGGCUUGAGUAAACACAAACAACAAAGAAGCUCUUCAGAAGCAGGAAUGAUUGGAUCAAGGACCUUUUCAGCUAUUAAGUAUAAAAAUGAGGAAGAGGAAGUAGUCCCACCUCGUCCUCCACUCCCUCGGUCCUAUGACUUUACAGAGCAUCCUCCCAUAAUCCCCCCUCUGCCCAGUGAUAGCAGCUCCUUGCUCUGUUAUAGCAGGGGCCCAGUACAUCUGCCAGAAGAAAGGAAGAUUCACCAAGUUCAAGGAUAUCAGAGAAAUGGAUCUCACUGUGGUCCUGAUUAUAGACUUUAUAAGAGUGAACCAGAGCUAACUACAGUAGCAGAGGUGGAUGAGUCUAAUGGUGAAGAAAAGACAGAACAAAUGUCAGAAUCAGAGUCUACAACUAAAGGCUCGCAUUUUCCUGUGGGAGUUGUACCGCCCCGAACCAAAUCUCCAACUCCAGAAUCAUCAACAAUAGCUUCCUAUGUCACUUUAAGGAAGAAUAAGAAGAUAGAUUUAAGAACGGAGAGACCAAGAAGUGCAGUGGAGCAGUUGUGUCUUGCAGAAAGCGCUCGGCCUCGAAUGACUGUGGAGGAACAGAUGGAAAGAAUAAAAAGGCACCAACAAGCUUGCCUAAGAGAGAAGAGAAAAGGACCGAAUAUUAUUGGUGUUUCAGAGCAAUCUCCUUUGCAGAGCCUCUCUCUUGUCAGAGAUAAUCCUUUCAAGUUGACACAGAGUCGAAAAAAGGAUGAUACUCUCCCUAGUAACCUAGAGAGUGCCAUUAAAGAUAAUUUGAAAGAAAAUAAUGAAACUCCGGGAGAAGAAAUAGCACAACUGAAAGAUGAUGGAGCACAAGAAUAUAAUUCAGAUUUUACUGCAGAGCUGACAAAAACUGAAGAUCUUUUAUCGGAUGCAUAUGUUGUUUCUGACUCAAAAGAAGUGAAUAAUGAAGAGAAAGCAGAAAAGGAAAAGAAAAAUAAAUCAGAAGAAACACGUGAUGGUGAUAUAAGCUUGCAGAAUGUGACCACAGUUGCAAACCACAAACCUAAAACCCGCUCUGAAGAAAGUGAAAUAGUCAGCAUUCGAGAACAAGAAGGGAUUAUUUCUUCAUUUGAAUUAGCAGCACAGUCUUCAAAAGGAAACCAGACAGCAGCAGUGAAAAGUUUGCCUUCCUCACCAGAAUCGUCCCUGUCACCAGCUCCAUCUGCACAGCCACAGCUCACAGAAGGAUCACAUUUCAUGUGUGUAUAGUACAGAGAACACUAACGGCUUCUGUUGAAACAAUUCAUGCCUGAGAUGUAUGGACUUGACCUAUGGAAAUGUGAGAAGAUAUUGUACAGUAUAUUUUAAAUCUAUGAAAUUCAUAGUUCUGAUGCUUUUGGCCACAGAGCAUCAUUUUAUCACUUCCUGGAAAAUGUUUAUUCCAAGAGAGCUUUAAAUGGCCCAUAUGUACACUCAACAACCUUCAGAUUGUUCUCCUGAUACCAGCUUGCUGCUAUGAUUUCUGUGCACAUAAAAUAAAGGUUCUUUUUAAUGUGCAGCCUACAGUCAGAACUUUAUUUGAUACUUUCCAGAAUUUACUGUUCUUUUAAUUAUGGAUCAUAAACAUUUGCUUUUUGCUUCCUUUAGCUGCGUAACAAAUCAGUUAAUUUUACAUAUCACCACUAAACCUUGUUUUACACUUUUUAACACUACAGUGUAUUGUUUUGACAUUUAUUUGUAAAAAAAAAUUUAUAUAUAUAAAUAUAUAUAAACAUAUAGAUAUAUUUAAAAUGUGCCAUUUUUAUUAUUGCUUAGUAAAAUAUGUCCCGUUUCUGCUGUAAGUUUUUCUUGGUCAGGUUGCAAUGUCAGCGGUUACUGCCACACUUCUGUCAACAUACACAUUAAUGUUAGUGCUUGCUUUUUUGUUUUUGUUGAUCUUUUCUUUAAGUGAAAUGCAGUGCAGGUAUUUGAGGUACCGGGCUUUUCCUUCGGUGGCUUAGGGUGUGUACAGCAAUAAGCAGGUUCCCAAUGCAGUGCUCAGUUUGUGUACAAAUGUAAUUAUGUUCAUUGUGUAUAUAUUAUACAAUGAGCACCUCCCAUGGCAGUAGGAGAAGCUACUUACUGUUGUCCCGGCGCAAACGUCCCUGUCUCACUUCGUUGUACGGCAUUAAAUAAACGUUGCUGUUGUCAGGAGCUCCGCGGGUAGCGUUUUCCCAGGCAGCAGCUGCCUCCUGUCUCACCGGCACCGGAGCAAGGAGGGACUUGGAGCGGCCGGGAAUGAGGCUGCAGCCCAAUCUGAGAGCGACUCCCUCCACAUGGAAGCGCCAGGAGCACCUGGAGCUGCCGGCGCCGCUGGACUCAUCAUGUCCCGUGGGAGCCCCACGGUUGCUCCCUGCAGCCAGCGACCGGCGCCUCUCCAAGGAGCCGGGCGGCGUGGGCAGGGGCUGGACACCACGUUUGUGCUUGCACAUGCUGGACGUUUAGGCGGGCUAAGGAGAGAAAGGUGAGGAUUCCUUGGGGCUUGGACAUCCACAAGGCCUCUUCCAGGAACCCAAAGGCAAACGUGGGAUAAUUUGUCAAGUGUCAUGGUGCUACAGAUGUUGCUGGCUUUGCUUUUCCAUCUCAUGCAGCUGUCUGGAUUUUCCAGAGACUAAAGGGGUUUAGAAAAGAAUGAUGAAAAAUGCCAAGAUGUAAAUGGAAGGCUUUUGAGUCUGGGAUAUAAAGAUAAGAAAUCUCUUAAAGAUUUAAGCAACUGCUGUGUGCUUCAGUGCACAUGUGUGCCAUAAGUGGCAAGGAAAGUUCCGUAAGGAGAGUGCCAGCUCCCGGCGUGCCUUUUUCUUUCCAUUAUAUAAAUCAUGUCCCGUUAAAGGUAAUCAAAAGGUACUGGAGAACAUAAUUCCGUGUGCUUUUCCAGCGAGGAGAGACUGGCUUUGAGGCGCAGUUUGAAAUUAACUCUUCCACACUCCACCCCUAUGGAGUAGGAGGUUUCUCUUCCUCUUGCUCUUCCGUCCCUCCCAGCUCAGC